AUGUCUCUCCCGCAGAAUGUCCACGUCUCUUCCCACCCCUGUCUGCACGCUAAACUCUCCCUCAUCCGCUCAGAGUCCACCACUCCACGCGAGACAAGGGGCCUAGUUCAUGACAUUGCCACUAUUCUGGGCGUGGAAGCCUUUGCAGGUCUGAAGCUGACCAAGACAGGAACUGACCGCACCCCUCUCGGUGUCGAAUAUGAGACCCAGAGCAUUGACCCGGCAGACCUGGCUCUAGUUCCGAUCUUGCGGUCUGGCCUAGGCAUGGUUGAUGCCCUAAACGACCUCCUCCCAACCCCAGUCCCAGUUUACCACCUAGGCCUAUUCCGUGAGAAGGCAACUCUCCAACCUGUAGAGUACUACAACAACCUCCCGUUCCACCGGUCAGAGCUCUCACCAGCCUCACCAGCAUCCCUAAACCAGGGAACGAACAGCGCAGCAGCAAGUCUGGCCGUCCUACUCGACCCCGUCAUUGCAACCGGCGCCACGGCCGAAGCGGCCAUCCAGCUGUUGCGAGAUUGGGGCGUGAAGAAGGUUAUUAUGCUUAGUGUGCUUGCUUCUGAGGAUGGUGUCAAGCGGGCUGCUGGGACUUGGGCUGAGGGGGUGGAGGUUUGGGCUGGAGCUAUUGAUGCGGGGGUUAAUGAGAAGGGGAUGAUUGUGCCUGGUCUUGGGGAUAUUGGGGAUCGGUUGUUUGUUGCUAUUGGGAAGUAA